GGAUCACACAUUUAACUAAAAACAGUCUUUUAACAUCUGUAACAACUAACUCACGUUGUCUCUGCUGUUUGUUUCAGGCUGGAUCUCUGUCUCAGUGGCUCAGUCUCAGAUUGUGAAGGUCCAGCCUGGUCAAAGUGUCACACUGAGCUUUCCGAAACCGACUACUGACACUGUGAUGACCUGGUCCAGACUGAUCAAUAAAACCACAGCCAGCUGCAUCUGUUAUAAGAUUAAACAAAACAAGGAAACUCAAUUCUGUGAUGGAUUUAAUGAUACAACCAUUGAAAUGGGAGUCGACAGCAAUAAUAUUGUGUUUCUCACAAUGAAAAGGGUUCAUUUAUCCGACUCUGGAAUCUAUUUCUGUGAUUUUUACAAUGGAGGAAAAAGCACUUACGAUGUGAUACAGUUAAAUGUUGAAGGCAGUAACGAAACUCAGCACGUCAUGAACACAGAGUGUAAAACAGGCCGUGAGGAAACUCAGGACGACCUGAACACAGAGUCUAAAAAAUGGAAUAAACCUAAAGAAACAACAUAUGUGAUGAGCUUGACCCUCGGUGGUCUGACUGUUUUCCUUCUCGUGGUCGUCACUGUUCUGGUUGUUUCACUCAUAAAACUUCAAGCAGCUUCUGGUGAAAAACAGGAUCCACAACAAAAUGAGAAUGUGGACUGUGACGACCUGAAGGCUGCAGCACUGAGUGUGUUUUCACCAGCAGUAAGAAGCAGGAGACCUGCAUCACAGAGACAAGUGGAGACUCAUGUUACUUACGCUGCCAGCAGAUAGACUCACAGAGCAACUGCUGCUCUUAUCAGACUGAUCUACUGCUGUGUUCUGAUGGGAACUUACUGAAACUAGGGAGAAAUGAGUGAGUGAACAUACAGACGUGGUUCAGGUCAUGAUCCUCUCAUGUCUCACUCCAUCCUCCUAUUAUGACCUGACUUUGGUGACAGACUGAUGAAGGUCUGCAGCAGAGCAGGGCUGAGUGAGACACACAUCACUAGUUUGACAUAAAGAGACAAUACGAUGUAGAAAAACAAUGAGGCCUGUGAACUUGAUAAAAAAGUCUGAAAUGAACCAGAAAACUAUGUCUGACUUUGUUGUGAAAUUCAAAAUCUCCAUUUGCACAUUAGUAUAUUUGCCGUGUGACCUGAUGUUAAUGAGCUAUGAGUUAUAAAAUGGCUGAUGGUGUAUUUAUAAAAGCAAUGACAUAUACAUUGUUGAAGUUUACACUGCAGUGGAAAGCAGAAGUGUUAGUAUUAGUGGCGUGUCUGAUUCUGUAUCUUCACACUUCUCAAACCGACACAUGACUAAUUUAUCUCCACUUAUUGUAAACACAUCUACAAAACCUGUGAAACGUCUGAUGCGGCUCAACGACUCUUUAGUCUCAUGAAAAAAAUGACGUUUAACACAUCACCGAACCUAGUGAAGAAACCUAAUACUUUAACUUUUAUUUUCCAUUUGAAGCUGUAAUAAUUAAAAUUAAAUAGAAAAGUAUUUACAAGUACUAGACUACGAAUAAAACUACAGUAUGUACUGUACCAGUAACCAUCUAGUUUCACUAGUUUCUAGUUUCACCUGUCUACCUG